AUGAUCAAGAUGAGUAUCACACAUAUUGUGCUUUUCGAGUGGAAGUCUACUGCGUCUUCAGAGCAAGUGGAAGAAGCAUGCAAACGGAUGCUAGCACUUGGAGAGAAGUGCAUUCAUCCGACCUCUCAGAAGCCUUACAUCAAAGCCUUUACAGGUGGAAAGAAUAAUAGCCCAGAGGGUCGCUCCGACGGAUUGACCCAUGGCUUUGUCGUCGAGUUCGAGAGUGCGGAAGACCGUGACUACUAUACUCAUAGAGACCCUGCCCACCAGGCGUUCGUCCAGUUUGUGGGGCCGCUCGUUCAGGGCGUUAAAGUACUAGACUAUACACCUGGGGUAUUCUAG